AGUGAUUUUUCUCUUGAUGACGACGAUGGUGAAAAUCUGGCUGAGCUAUUUAGUGCAAGCCUUGCAAUGGGAGGCAACAGCAUUUUCGACGCAGAACUGGAAUAUUCACCUCAAAUUGUCGAAUCAAGUGAAUUGGCUUUUGAUGCUGAAUACGAAAAUACAGAAGAAGAGGAAGAAGUUGAUAGUGAUGGUGAAGAAGUAGAACGGCAGCCAGCGGUCGAAGCUGAGAAGCAAAAUGUGCCUGUCAAUGGUGCUUCGUCAUCGACUUCAUCGACAACUUUCCACCGCACACUAUAUGAAUCUCGACUUCCUCAAAAUUCCUGGAGGUGUUCUAAUGAGUUCAGUAAAGCAGCCAUAUCAAUGAAUCUUAAGUUGCUUCCACGGUGGCAUUGGAUGUUUCGUCAGACACGAUGGCCUCUUCGAUUUGCGCCGCAACAGAAUAUCGAGCUGUCCAUGAAUGGAAUCGGAAUUCCGCCAUGGCGAGCGAGUGCCGGACGACUGCUGUCGGAUGUCAGUAGAUUUUGUUCAGAACACCGUGAGGUGAAGAACGUUGUUCUUCUUGACCCCAUGGCUUUGUCACCGCUCUCGCCACUGCUCAAUCUGAUGCGACACUCCGUGGAACCAAAGGCUCACCUGACUGGUGUUCUGUGGAUGACCCCAGUUGACGCCAUUUCCCCCUUCUACCGAGUUCCAAUUCCUCGUAAAGAUGAAGAUGUGGAUGAAGGGGAGGUGGAGCACGUCUAUCCGCAACCAGGAUAUCUGCGAUUCCUUACUCUGGCCGCCUUCGUGUCCAAUUGGAUGGCCUGGUUCUCUCGAAUCGAGGCGUACGCGUCAUUGGGCAUAUCUCGUCACCAGCCAUCCCUAAUGUGUGAGUCUAUGUCGGGAUUUGUGUUGGUGCCUGGGAGUUUGGGAUGCGGACAGUCGCCACUUAUCGAUUUGUGGCCCCUUUGGUUGGGUAGGAGACUGCUGAACCUCCUUCUCUGUUGUGCACCAACCAGCGGUAGGGACGUCUCGCGACACUUCUUCCCAUUCACAGAUUUGGAUGAGAUAUGA